AUGACGAUCGCCAACAGGGCUUCGGCCUCAUACUCCUCCGCCUAUAUCGCGCACAGCGCUUUCCGCGUCGGCUAUGUCGACAUCUUACGUGUAUUGGCAGCAGUGAUUGUGCUCAACAACACGUUCGCCAAGGCCACUUUCGAUGAGCGCACCAACAGUAUGCCUCUGGACACUCCCCAAGGCAUUUUCCGAGAUGCGAGCUGGGCCAUCACGUUACUAUUCAUGAUCUCCGGUCGCGUUGUGACGGCCGUGGCAUUACCGCCGUCGUCCUCCGCAGAAAACUUCAAGCCAAACUAUCCGGCUCUCGUAUCGUCCAUGUUCCGUCGCGCUUUCCGGUUCGCUCUGCCAGUCAUAAUCGUCGCGUUCACGCAGUGGCAGCUCUGCAAAAAGGGCCACACCGCCAAGGCCUCAGCAUCUGCCCAGGAAAUAUUCCUAGGUUCUACAACGAUGGCACCUGCGCCCGCCGGAUGGUGCAGCAUUGGUGGCUUUAGUGGACUGAUAACUUUUAUCGUCGAUCUGUUCACAUUCAAUGGCCCCGCAGCUGCCGAAAAAAUGGGUUCUAUGCUGUGGACCGUGACCUGGUUCAUGGAAGGAUCUUAUGCCGUCUACUUGACAGCUUUCCUCACGGCCCAGCUUGCGUCCAACCGAUACGUCGUGUUUGCCACCCUCAUGGCCUUCUCCUGGGUCACUUACAGCUGGAACUGGGUGUUCCUGCUCGGUUACGUCAUAUGCGACAUGAAGGCUCAUGGUCACUUCCACCGGCCGAGAAACUCCUUCGUUGCUAUAGCAUUGCAAAUCCUGAGCUUGGUUCUCGCAUUUGGCAUCAAAUGGGUCCUCCCUCUUAGGGACUUUCUCAACAACACAUUUGCCCACCUCCAGAUUGACAUAGCUUCAAACAACUUGGUCCACUUCGCCGACACGCUCUCUGUCUUUUUCCUCCUCACCUUCUUCGAGUUGGCUCCCACAGUCCAAAGCAUCCUUUCCUUCCGGAUCUUCAAGCAUAUCGGACACCUUGCCGCUGGAAUCUACCUUCUGCAUCCUCUGUACCUUUACACGGUCAUCCCUCAAAUUGCCGGCCACUUGCGCUCCAGCAACUUCUCUCGCAUCGUCGGCAUCUGCUGGCUCGCCCUCGUCGUCCUCAGUACCGUCACUGCAUUCUUCUUCUAUCAAUUGAUUGAGAAGCAAAGUGUAGCGGCCGGGAUCUACGCGUGGAGGUGGUUGGCCCACCCGGCCGGUAUCAUCGACGGAUACAUUCCCGGCGAUAAGGUGAAGCCAGACAAGUACAAAGUGAUCACGGAGACGGACAAUGGUCGUGGGAAGCGGCCGGAGAUGGAUGUUAUGACUGUUGGACCUGCUACGACGGCUUAG